GAUUAGAGCCAGUGCGGGCCGUAGCGCGCGCGUUCGUAAGCCCACUUAAGACUGUUUUUAAUACUAGUAUUUUUUACGCCCCGCAAGGAUUUAGCGGAUUUUAGAAAUACUCAGGUCGAGAUCGCGCGGUUUGAUUUAUCGAUAUCUGUUCUGUGUUUACGUUUGGUGACGGGCUGACCGCGUGCGUAAGCCGGAGCUUGCAGCAGAUUAUGACGGAUAUCCGCGGAUUUGGUGGGCUGUGAUCCUCUCAGCUGCUGGGACGACUGUACCGGGGAAUCAUCUGUCCACUGUACACCAAAUGCGAGAGGCCUAACAACAAAACGGCAGUCGCAUCGGCGACUCAUUCAUCCAAACGCGACCAAAAGGCUUCACCAUUCAUCUCCGCGUGUACAAGGAGGCGCUGGCGGCUGGCAUGGAGCCGCUAAGCGAGAACGGCUUGUGUCUGAGCGAGCUGGAGCUCCAUGGGGGCGGGCAUCUCCAUGAGUCUGUGGCGGCGUCGGUUGGUUCAGCCAUAUCGAGCCUGAUGGCACCAUUGCACCAUGAACCACAGCAUACGCCGCUGCACCACGCGCCGCCGUUGCAUCACGAACCGCUUGAGAAGUUGAAAUUAUGGGCAGAAACGGGCGAGUUUCGAGAUAGCGGGCACUCGUCACUCGCGUCCGGCGGCUCGGGCAUAGAGCAGACGUCGCUAUACGGCCAGCCGCGGCAGCGGCGGGAUCGCAAACAUACAGACGACAGUCGGCCGCUCACAUCAGAACCGACGAUAAAGACGGAGUCAACAACACCAGGCAUAGGACCUGAUGAGCCGUCUCUAGACGACAAAGGAGACAAGAAAAACAAACGACAAAGGCGACAAAGGACACACUUCACCAGCCAGCAGCUCCAAGAACUUGAAGCGACCUUCGCGAGGAACCGAUACCCUGACAUGUCGACGCGUGAAGAAAUCGCGAUGUGGACGAAUUUGACUGAAGCGAGAGUUAGGGUCUGGUUUAAAAAUCGGAGAGCCAAGUGGCGGAAGCGCGAGAGGAACGCCAUGAACGCGGCCGCGGCCGCCGCCGCCGACUUCAAGAACGGGUUCAGCACGCAGUUCAACGGUCUGAUGCAGCCGUUCCCCGACACGGACGCGCUCUACUCGUCCUACCCCUACAACAACUGGGCGGCGAAGGUCCCCAGUCCGCUGGGCACGAAGAGCUUCCCGUGGCCCGUGAACCCGCUGGGGCCGGUGGUGCCGGCGAGCCACCACCAGGGCUCCGUCAACUGCUUCAACACUGCGACGUCGAUGGGCGCGGUGGGUGGCGGCGGCAUGGGCGGCGUGGGCGGCGGCGGCGUGGGCGGCGGCGUAGCUCCGUGCCCCUACACGACGCCACCUAACCCGUACAGCGUGUACCGCGCCGAGCCGUACCCCGCGAUGUCGUCGUCGAUCGCGUCGCUGCGGCUGAAGGCCAAGCAGCACUCGUCGUUCAGCAGCGGCUACGGUGCCAUGUCGCCGGUGUCGCGCGCGGGCUCGGCGCCACUGUCGGCGUGCCAGUACGCGACGGGCGGCGCGGUGGCGGACCGCGUGCUCUGA